GCUAUACGGAAAGGAGUGCAGCGACACGAGGUGUCUACUAAGUCGAAAUAGGCUUGAACUCCGCCAGCUCGUCUGUUGGAGGGAUCCCACCAGACUAUUCCUUUGAAGAGUUAGAAUCAACCCCUUGGACCAAUGCGGGAGACCCUGGAAAGUCCCUUCCCCAGUUUUCGGGGAUUCUCCGCGCGUGGUCCAUCGGCGAAUGUGGAGUUGACGGCACAAAUGACGCAUUGGCGGCCAAUGCAGAAUCUACUAACUUGACGGCUUCGGAAAAAAGUAGGCCAUCAAGCAUCAUGCUAUCAAGAGCUUAGAAGUAUUAGUAUGGCCGUAUGUCACUUCAUCAUGGCGUUGAGGUUGUUGCUUUUCUGCUAUCGACCCAAUUGAACCUCCCCAGUUGAAACUGCAGCUUAAAAAUGGGGUUAAAAGCCUUCGGCUUCAUCGUUGCUGCAGCUCAGCUUUCUGCAGCGACUGCAGCAGUAUCUCGUCUGACUGUUGAUACGACUGUUGGGCGACUGUAUGGCAUGGUCAAUGGUUCAGCCCCAGAUGUUGCGCAGUUUCUUGGAGUUCCAUUUGCAGCACCUCCUGUGAAUGAGCUACGGUUUGCGCCUCCCCAGACGAAGCCUGCAGAGGCUAUCAUUGAUGCCACGAAGAUCGGCCCAUCUUGCCCGCAGUAUCCAUUGACUACUAAGACUGACCCGUCUGUGUACACGUUUGACUCUCCUUGGCUACAACCGUAUGGACCGACAUCAGAGGAUUGCCUGACUCUCAAUGUUUGGAGCCCAUUGCAUGCCGUCAAUGACACGGACGAACCAUUGCCUGUGUUGAUCUGGAUGUUUGGCGGCGGGUUCUAUGAAGGAGGACUAUUGACGAAUGGUUUUGAUCCGAGUAACUGGAUCCAAAGGACACAGUCUCAUAUUGUCGUUGCCAUCAAUUACCGGGUCAAUAUCUUCGGCUUUCCCAACGCUGCCGGCCUGGCAGAGAUCCAGCAGAACCUAAACCUUGGACUUCUUGACCAAAGAUUUGCUGUUGAAUGGGUUCGAGAUAACAUUGCUUCCUUUGGCGGAGACGCAUCCAAGAUAACCCUCUGGGGCCAGAGCUCUGGAGCAGCCAGCACGGACUACUACAACUACGCUUGGCCCGAUGAUCCCAUUGUGUCUGGCCUGAUUAUGCAUUCAGGCAGUGUCUUUGCUACCGGUUCCAGUGCGGACGUUGAGCAUACGAACUUCACCUUUGUAGCUGAGCACAUGGGCUGCGGCGAUCUCUCCCCUCGAGCAGAGUUGGCUUGCAUGAGAAACGUUAGCGCAGACUCUAUCAUUCAGUUUUAUGAGAACUACACCUUGUACUCGACCGGUCCUACUCUGAAGUUCACGACUAUUGUGGACAAUGUGACCAAAUUUGAGGACUACACUGCUAGGGCUUAUGCAGGAAAUUACUCUAAGCUUCCUGCUAUUUUUGGCACAAAUGCCAAUGAAGAAGCCUCCCUGGUUGCCUGGGCUGGGCCCCAAGGUCCAAACAUGACCUACGUCCACGAAGAGACUGUGUCCACCCAUCUCUGUCCGGCAAACUACAACGGGCAUCUCCGCUACAACACAUCCUCUCUCUCCUUCCGCUACUUCAAUACGGCCAACUUUAGCAACAUUUCACCUAGACCUUGGGAAGGAGCUUACCACAGCUCCGAGCUUCCAUUGCUGUUUGGGACGUACUCGGAGUAUGGCGGACCCGCUACGCCUUUUGAGACCGCUGUAGCCUCCCACUGGCAGGAUCUGUAUCUUGCUUUCAUGCGGGAUCCGGUCAAUGCGCUCCCGGCGAUGGGAUGGCCUGCGUACCAUCCUGAUGGUUAUGCGAUGAUGUUUGCUGCCAAUGGGACCGUUACGAGUCUGCUGCCAAUGAGUACCUUGGAGACCCCGUGUGCUGGCAUUCCUGAGCCAACCAUAGGAUGAGAGCAGUAGCUGCGCUGCCAGCACGGGUUGAGAAAAAGCCGAACAUGGGGCAGAAACCAAACGCAUGUACAU